GUCGCCCGGCAUGAAAGGCAAACGCUCCAAACAGUAUCGCAAGUUGAUGCAGCAGUACCAGCUCAACUUCAACUUCCGCGAGCCCUACCAAGUCAUCCUCGAUGCCGACAUCAUCAAAGAUGCCGCACGAUUCAAGAUGCAGCUGGGCCAAAUGCUCCAGAACACUCUCCACGGCGAGAUCAAGCCCAUGAUCACACAGUGCUGCAUACGCCAUCUAUACAACGAGCCUGCAUCGCCGGAGAAAGAUGCCUGGAUAUCAGUCGCAAAAGAUGCAGAGCGCCGCCGAUGUGGACAUCAUGAGCUGGAAGAGCCUCUGAGUGCAUUGCAGUGUAUCGAGAGCGUGGUCGAUCCGAAAGGAACGGGCAACAACAAGCACAGAUAUGUUGUCGCCGUGCAGGAUGACCAAGUGAGGAGAAAGAUGCGCAAAGUAGUGGGUGUGCCCUUGGUGUACAUUGCGAGGAGCGUCAUGAUCCUCGAGCCCAUGGCAGACGCGACACAGGAAGUGCGGGAGCAAGCUGAGAAAGCCAAGAUCAGGGCAGGCUUGAAUGCCAGGAGACCGAAUAGCACAGGCGAGAAGAGGAAACGAGACGACGAGCAUGAGGAUCACGACAAAGAGAAUGAGGCGCAACAAGCGCCCAAGCCGAAGAAGUACAAGGUCAACGGCCCGAAAGGCCCAAACCCCCUCAGCGUGAAAAAGUCGAAGAAGCACAAUGCGAAAGACAAGAAGCAACACGAAGGCCACAAGCCUGCGCUCCGCAAAUCCAAGCAAGAAUCACAGGCAGGUGACCAGGCCACUGUGGCACCUCAAGUGAGUGAGGAGGCUGGCGAAGAAGGGCAGAAGAAACGCAAACGCAAGCGCAAAGCCAAGGAACCGAGAGUCGCCGCUUGCCAUGAGCACGAGUACGGGUCCGAAGAAUGAUUGGCCGAAGCGUUGCAUUUUUUUUUUUUGCUAUUGCCGCAAGAGAUACCCUCUCCAGUCAUGACUUUCAGUACGAGCCCCCGUGGCAGCGACUAAUUCUAAUCGCACUCUUCCCGGCUAUUACGCCACCACCUCUGUAUGCCAGCAUAAAUUGUUCC